AUGACCUCAACCUCCACAUAUGCCACCUUCAUUACUACAGACCCAAUCUUCAGCAACACUGACCCGAUCUUCAUCACUACACACCCCAGCUUCACCAGUACUGACCCCACCUCCAAUACAGACCCCAACCUCUCCACUACAGACAUUCCACCUCCACCAACACAGACCCCACAUUCACCACUAGAGACCUCAGCUUUAACUCUACAGACCACACCUUCACCACGACACACCCCAACUUCACCGCUGCAGACCCCAUCUUCGAUACUACAUACCCCAACUUCUCCACUACAGACCCCACCACACCACCUCCAACACUACAGUCCCCCCUUAACCACUACAGACCCCACUUUCUCCACUGCAGACACCCCACCUCCGCCACUACAGACCCCACCGUCUCCAAUACUGACCCCACCUUCUUUACCACAAAAUCUACCUUCUCCACUACAGACCCCACCUCCAUCACUACAGACCCCACCUUCACCACAACAGAACCCUCCUCCACCUCUACAGACCCCACCUCCACCUCUACAGACGCCACCUUCACCAUUACAGACAACACCGUCACCACUAAAUACCACACUUUCACCUCUACAGACACCUCCUUCACCAGUACAGACCCCACCUUCACCACUACUGACCCCAUCUUCACCAAUACUGACCCCAUCUUCAUCACUACACACCCCACCUCACCACUACAGACCCCACCUCCAUCACUACUGACCCCACCUUCACGACUACGGACUCCACCUCCACCAACACAAACCCCACUUUCAUCACUACAAACCCCAGCUUCAACUCUACAGACCACACCUUCACCACUACAGACCCCAGCUUAACCACACCUUCUCCAGUACAGACCCCACCUUCAUCACUGCAGACCCCACCUUCUCCAUUACAGACCCCACCUCCGCCACCGACCCCAACCUCUCCACUACAGACCUGAACUUCACCACUACAGACCCCACCUCCAUCACUACAGACACCAGCUUUUCCAUUACAGACCCCACCUCCACCACUACAGACACCAGCUCCACUACAGACUCCAAACUCUAUACUACAGACGUGACCUGAAUCUCCACAUACGCCACCUUCAUUCCCACAGACACCUCCUUCACCACGACUGACCCCAUCUUCACCAAUACUGACCCCACCUUCAUCACUGCACACCCCACCUUCAUCACUACA